CGCCGGUGGGUGACGGACAAGAAGCGGAGGUCGCUGCGGUGUUUGAGCGCUGCGGAGGCGCCACCGUCGCUAACGCUGUCGUCGCCGCCUCAGUGGACAGAAGGACGCCCGAGCUGCUCGCAGACCAUCGGUGUCCAGACAGGUUAUUGGAGAAGAUGGCAUUUAGUAAAGGAUAUCGUAUCUAUCACAAACUGGAUCCACCACAGGGUCCUUAUAGUGUAAUAGUAGAAACCCGAAAUCGAGAUGAUUGUUUGAUGUUUGAGUCCGGAGCUGUGGCUGCUCUGUCGUCAGCAGAGAAAGAAGCUAUCAAAAACAUGUACACAAAGCUCCUAGAUGCUUAUGGCCUUUUAGGUGUUUUGAGGUUGAAUCUUGAUGACAAUAUGUUACAUUACCUUGUGCUGGUAACUGGCUGCAUGUCGGUGGGAAAGAUACAAGAUUCUGAAGUCUUCAGAGUCACCUCUACCGAGUUCAUUUCUCUUCGAAAUGAACCACUGGAUGAGGAGCGCAUCUCUGAAGUACGCAAAGUUUUGAAUUCUGGAAGCUUCUAUUUUGCUUGGUCUUCCAGUGGCGUCAGUCUGGAUUUGAGUUUGAAUGCUCAUCGUAGAUUUCAAGAGCAUUCAACGGAUAAUCGAUUUUUUUGGAAUCAGGCAUUGCAUUUGCACCUGAAACAUUUUGAUGUGAAUUGUGAUGAAUGGGUGCUGAGACUCAUGUGUGGAGGAGUGGAAAUCAGGACAAUCUAUGCUGCUCACAAACAAGCAAAGGCUUGUUUAAUUUCACGUCUCAGCUGUGAAAGAGCGGGAACAAGAUUUAACGUACGGGGAACAAAUGACAAUGGACAAGUAGCUAACUUUGUUGAAACAGAACAGGUGAUAUUCUUAGAUGAUUGUGUCACUUCAUUUAUUCAGAUCCGUGGUUCUAUCCCAUUGUUCUGGGAACAACCGGGACUUCAGGUUGGAUCCCAUCGUGUUCGAAUGUCCAGAGGGUUUGAAGCCAAUGCACCUGCUUUUGACAGACAUUUUAGAACACUGAAAAAGCUAUAUGGGAAGCAAACUAUAAUCAAUUUGCUAGGAGUGAAAGAAGGAGAGCACAUGCUCAGUAAAGCGUUCCAGAGUCACCUGAAGGCCUCUGAACAUGUUGCAGAUGUUCCAAUGGUGAAUUUUGACUACCACCAGCAGGUAAAGGGUGGAAAGGCAGACAGACUUAUAAGUGUACUGAAACCCAAACUGGACUCAUUUCUGGAGGAGUGCGGCUUCUUUUAUUAUGAUUCCCAUGAAGUUCAAAGGUCCCAGACUGGUACUAUCAGAACCAACUGUCUUGAUUGCCUUGACAGAACAAACAGCGUUCAGGCUUUCUUUGGACUGGAGAUGCUUCACAAGCAGUUAGAAAUUCUAGGGCUAGGUGAAAAGCAGCAAAUGGUCACAAGAUUUCAAGAAGUCUUCCGUUCCAUGUGGUCAUUGUGUGGUGAUUCAAUAAGUAAAAUUUAUGCUGGAACUGGAGCACUGGAAGGCAAAGCUAAGGGUGGAAAGUUUAAGGAUGGAGCUCGCUCAGUGACAAGAACUAUUCAGAAUAAUUUCUUUGACAGCUCUAAGCAGGAGGCUAUUGACAUCUUAUUACUUGGUAAUACGUUAAACAGUGACUUGGCAGAUAAAGCUCGUGCUCUUCUAACGACUGGCUCUUUACAUGUUCGAGAAUUGACACUUCAAUCAGCUUCCACUCAAGUUUUACAUGGUAUGUGUGAAAACUAUCAUAAGUAUACCAAACCAAAACGCAUCAGAGUCUGUGUUGGAACCUGGAAUGUGAAUGGUGGAAAGCAAUUUCGCAGCAUCGCUUUUAAGAAUCAAACGCUAAAUGACUGGCUAUUGGAUGCACAGAAAAAACCUAAUGUUCAGGAGUUACAAGAUAAGGGGAGCAGACCUGUAGACAUAUUUGCUAUUGGAUUUGAAGAAAUGGUUGAGCUGAAUGCAGGAAAUAUUGUAAGUGCAAGCACCACUAAUCAGAAAUUAUGGGCAGCUGAGAUUCAGAAGAGUAUCUCGAGGGACUGCAAAUAUGUACUUUUAGCUUCUGAGCAACUUGUGGGUGUUUGCCUCUUUAUUUUUAUCCGACCACAACAUGCUGCAUUUAUCAGGGAUGUCGCAGUGGACACUGUAAAGACUGGAAUGGGAGGAGCUACUGGUAACAAAGGGGCAGUUGCUGUCCACAUGCUGUUCUAUACCACCAGCCUUUGCUUCCUCUGUGCCCAUUUUGCUGCAGGACAGUCGCAAGUCAAGGAAAGGAAUGAGGAUUACUUUGAAAUAGCUCGCAAACUGAGCUUUCCUAUGGGGAGAUUACUAUUUUCUCAUGAUUAUAUAUUUUGGUGUGGAGAUUUCAAUUACCGCAUUGAUCUUCCGAAUGAAGAAGUAAAAGAACUGAUAAGACAACAGAAUUGGGACUCUCUUCUGUCAGGCGAUCAACUUAUUAAUCAAAAGAAUGCUGGAUAUAUUUUCCGGGAAUUUCUGGAAGGUAGAAUACAUUUCCCACCAACUUACAAAUAUGACUUGUUCUCUGAUGAUUAUGAUACAAGUGAAAAAUGUCGGACUCCUGCUUGGACAGAUCGAAUUCUUUGGAAAAGAAGGAAAUGGUCUGUUGACAAAUCAGCCGAUGACCUAGAUUUGCUGAAUUCCAGUAUUCAGGAUGAACCUAAAUUAACGAGUUCAUGGAGUCCUGGAACAUUAAUAUAUUAUGGACGUGCAGAAUUAAAAACAUCGGAUCAUAGGCCUGUGGUUGCCAUUAUAGAUGUAGACAUAUUUGACAUUGAUCCUGAUGCACGACAAAGAGUGUACAAGGAAGUUAUUGCUGAGCAAGGACCUCCAGACGGCACAGUGGUGGUAUCACUGACCAGCACCUCCUCAGACCAUUACUUUGAUGAUAACUUGAUAGACCAUUUGCUUCAACUGUUUGCUGCAUAUGGUGAUGUUAUUUUGAUAAGGUUUGUAGAAGACAAAAUGUGGGUGACAUUCUCAGAAGGUAGUUCUGCCCUUGCAGUGCAGAAAUUGAGUGGCACUGAGGUUCUGGACAGGACUAUUGCUAUCUGUCUGAAGAAUCUGGAUUGGAGCAGCAGAUUAGAGGAAGAGAUGAGUCUAGAAAAAAUUAGCCCUAGUUUACCUGUCUCUACUAGUUCUACACUGCUGGGAGAGGAUACUGUUGUUUCUGCUGACUAUGAUAUGGAAGGUGACGUGGAUGACUAUAAUGCUGAAAUCUAUGAAAUCCCUCAGCAUUUGCAGCCUGCCUCUGGUUCAGGUUCAGGGACUUCUCCUAGUUCGACACCCAGGACGAGUCCCUGUCCUUCACCCACAAUGCCAGAGGCACUUCCACCAUUACUGCCGAGCAGACCUAGUCGUGCAACCACAAGGGGUUCCACAUUACAACAAGAACAGUCACAUCAAGUUUCUUCAGAAUUCCAACAAAUUCCAACACAGAAGGAAAGUUGUCAGGCGCUGGAACCAAAACGAGCACCACCGCCACGUCCUGCAGUCCCUCCUUCAAGACCUGUCCCACCACAAAGACCACCUCCUCCUACAGGAGCAAGAAGCCCAGCACCUUCUAGGAAAGAGUUCAAAGGUGCUGGGGUACCUGUCAGUCCAGGGUUAGCUAGAAAGGAAAUGGAAGUGCCCAAAAGCCCAGCACAAGGCAGAAAAGAACCAGAAGGUCGUGGUCAACCAUCUCCUCAGGCAAUCAUGAGUUCAGCUAAUGCAGGAGCUGGUGCAGCUUCUAGACUGAACAUAUCACCACGAGCUGGUGUAAAUCAUGCAUCUAUCAAGCCAGCGGCAGGACUACCACCUUCAGAGGCUCUCAGUAAACCAGAACCUUUAAAAGGAUCGAUGCUUCUGCCAGAACCACUCAAGCCAAAGGCUGCUACUCUUCUUCCAUCUCAACCUCCCUCGAUAAAUUCCCAGAAGCUACAAGAACCUCUUAAACCAAUUGGCUUGAAACCAAUUUCCCAGACACCGCCCCCUUUUCAUAACAUAGAUCAUCUUGCACCACAAGCUCCACCCCGCAGCAAGUCUGCCCAGAACCUGCCAGUAGAACUUGUCACAACAGAGCCGCUAAAGGCCAAUAUUAAUGGGAUUAACAAUGGAGAAACAUCCAGCAUUGAUCCUUUUGCUGACCUUUCACUUGACCGGCUUGCUGAUCCAUGGACAAAGACCCAGUUAUCAAGUGGAAACACUCAAAUGCAGCCAGCAUUUGCUUGUAUAUCUCCAAAUUUGUGCCAGCAACAAUCCAUCCAACCCAUUGCAUCAACGCAACCUAAUUGCAUGUCAUUUGUACCUCCUAUUCCCCCACGAAGUAAAUCACAGGAGAGCUUCCAAGCCUCUCCAAUGGCUUUCAACUUCUUAGCUGAUGGAAACCCUUUCACUGGAAAAACUGGUUACAAUCCAUUUAGGACUGAUGGUCAAAAUGUUCAGAAACCUGCUAUUGCAUCACAGCUAUCUGUACAAAGUAGCAGCAGUUACCCUGUUUUAUCUGCUAACAUGACUCCUGGAGUUGGAAUUGGAAGAGCUGCCUUCUUGUCAAAUCCUUUUGUAGACAACAAUGUCCUUCCAAGUAAACAUGCAAAUGACAAAAUGCCAAUCAGUGGGUGGGUGACCUUUGAGGAUAAUGACUUUGGUCUAAAAGAAAAAAAACUAUCAACAGGUGAAAAAAAAUGUGAUUCCCAGGAUCAAUGGAAUGAAAAUAUUAAUAAUUUGUCACUAAAGAGCACACAGAAAUUAUUUCCAGGUACCGAUUUUGGGUUUGGCAAUGACUGGAACACAAGUAACACCGCAACUGGUGCAACAGUACCUGUACCAACUCGAAGAGCACCACCUCCUGUACCUUUGAGAUCAAAUGUCAUCAUUCCAAUCCUGCCUUUUAACUCCGAGGCACCUGCCUCUUUAUCAAAACAAGACUUCACUGAAAGAUGAAAGGUAUUCCAAUAAGGCAGGCUGAUUUAAAAAAGAUGUUAUUUGUAAUUUGAAUUCUUUAUUGGGACAUUACACGUGCAAUAUGUGUUUAAAAGAUGUUUAAACUGUACCAGGUUAGUAUUGGUGUUAAAAUAUUGGUAACAGCUUUGAAUGGCUAACAAAUAUUAUAAGAUUUUGUUAUGGGUCCAUGUUUUAAAUUUGUCAUUUCCAGGAUAUCAGCAAAUGAAUGUUAUAGUAGGAACUGACCUUUUGCAAGAUGCAGUAAAAAUGACUCGUGCAAGAAGAAAUGAUAAAGCUUCAAGUGAUAUAACUUGAGUUAUUAAAAUAUUAAAUCAUUCUGGUUAAAGUAAAAUUUGCAAACUCGUCCGAGAAAUUUCUGUUCAAAUUUGCUCUGUUCAAAUAUGAUGUUUGUGUAAUAACUUACCAUAGUUAAAAUUUGAGAUAGUCCAGUGGUUCUGAGAUUUCACCAUUUUCAUCCUUAAUAACACAUUCACUUCAGUACUCUCUUUAUUAAAAAAAAAAAGCCCCAAAUUGUUUCUCCCAUUUAGGUAAAACAAUAGACAUU